AUGGAGGUUGAAGAAGAAGUGAAACGAAUCGUCGAACAAGUUAAAGAGCUUCACGACUCUUCCACCUCAUUCGUCUCUUCUUCUUCUCAAGAAGAGCUCUCUCUCCGUAAAAGAGCCUCCGUCGUUGACUCAUCAAUCCGCCGUCUCCACUCAACCCUUGUCUCCGACAAGCAUCUCGAUCCUAAACUUUUCGAAAAGUCACGGAAAGAUAUACAGCUUAAAGUUAAAGAAGAAUACAAUAGCUACAGAGAUAGGACAGCUCUUCUUUUUCUUGUUUUCCCUGCAAUUCUUUUGACAUUAAGAUCUUAUGUGUGGGAUGGAUGUUUGCCUGCAUUCCCUGUUCAGCUCUAUCAGGCUUGGCUUCUGUUCCUUUAUGCUGGUUUGGUUAUGCGAGAGAACAUUUUGAGAGCUAAUGGGAGUGAUAUCCGUUCAUGGUGGCUUUAUCAUCAUUAUUUUGCCAUGGCAAUGGCCCUUGUCAGUCUCACUUGGGAAAUCAAAGGUCAACCGAACUGCGUUCAGAAGCAGAAAGGAGUGCUUCUUUUCCUCCAAUGGGCUAUGAUGCAAGGUGUUGCGAUGCUUCUGCAAAAUAGAUAUCAACGCCAAAGAUUAUACACUCGCAUUGCACUUGGAAAGGCUAAAAGGAUGGACGUUGUAUGGGGAGAAACAGCUGGAGUAGAUGGGCAGUUGUUGCUAUUAUUUCCUAUUUUGUUCACUUUACAGGGCUUUGAAGCAUAUGUGGGACUGCAGUUGCUUAGGACAGUAUUUAUGGGGGUAGUCGCUGAAUGGCAGGUAUUGGUUUGUGGCAUUCUUCUGGUUGUGAUGGCCAUUGGAAACUUCAUAAAUACAGUAGAGACAUUGAUGGUGAAGUCAAGGUUUAAGGCUAAGAUGAAGAGAAGUAAAAGCAGAGCAGAACUCGACUAAACUUCCUAACUUAUUAUAUAACUACAGCUUUUAUAGUCUCCAACUGUGGAUCUUUCUCCCCAUUAUUUGUUUUACUUUGAUAAAUUUUGUUUUCUUGGGGCAAAAGUGACCUAAGAGUCUGGAAAAAAAAAAGAAAAAAGAAAAAAAAAAAAGAAAAAAAAAGGGAGCGCCCUUUCUUUGUGUAAAUGGAAGUGGGACUUGAUGGAUUGAAUCGUGUUUUCAACUAACACUUGUUGGGUUUCCAGUUAUCAAAUCCUUAAAAAAUGGUGUUGAACUUAAAUUUGUAUCUUUGUCUUUGUUCUUGGUACUUCCUCGUCAAGGUUUCCAUGGC